AACACCAAAGUGUUAAAAAGGAGCGUGCAUUGGUAGUGAGGAAAAGAAAAAAAACAACAAACAAAAUAAGAACAUGUCCAACAAAAACAAACGAUCAUAGGCAUUUCAUAAAAUAAAAUCAAAAUUGUAAAAAUGUAAGUGUGCAGUUAGGAUAGGAAUUAUAAAAAUUCAAUUAGUAUAUACUAUCACCAAAAUAUACGAAAUCCACACACAAAUCAAAAAACUUUUUAGCAUUGAUGUAAUGUUAUUGAAUAUCUUAUUAAACUUGCAUUAAUUUCAGUUUUAAUAUGCAACAGGUGCAACGAUAUCAACAUGCUUGACCUUGAGUUUGAUUCGUGUGAAGACUUCGGUGUGUAAUAAGAACCAUAGAUGCAAAUAAAUUCUUAAACAUGCAAUAAUUGUUAAGCAACCAAAUAAGUAUUGUAUACCACCGCGGGAUAUAUUAUGAUAUCUACCCCAUAUGCUUUUAAUAAUGAUGUCGUAGUUCGAACGUCUUAAAAACUACAUCGAAAGCAUACAACAUUAAAAACCCCUUGAAACUGUAGCAAAAUAUCUUGUUUCACUUAGCAAAUAAAACUAAAAUAGCUAAAGCUAAAUUAAAGAAUAUUUAUCUGCGCUGGAGGAAAAUAUUAGAAAAAAAAAAAACAAAUAUACUGAUAUUUAUCACAAGUUUACAUUCAACAUUUUAAAAAUAUUACACAAACAUUUUCCUUAAUCCUCCAGUGAAGACAAUAUUAUCUUACCGAGCGGACAACAAGCUUCAUGCUGUUCCGGUUUGCUCGGAUCAGGCAGCGGUAGCACUAACGAUACUAUAUUUACAAAGGUUGUAUAGGAAUCGAACACAAAAAAAAAUAUAUAUAAAUUUAAGGAAGGGGAAUGGAUUGGGUGAAGCAAGUUCGAAUUAGUAAAUUAGUAGCCAAAUCAAUUAUUUAGAGUUACGAACGUUACGGAUAUGGUUAUUAACAACGAGAAAAUAAACUCUUCAUUUGCAUACUAUACUAUUAUUUUUACAUUUUAUAAUUUGAUUUGUAGCUGGCAACACUACUGCGCAUGUCAAAAUACUCGCGUCCGCGUCCAUUGAGCGCGACAGCGUCGGUGUUCAGUUAUUAGCGUUACAGACAACAAUGGAAUAAAGUCAAUUUUUACAAACGUGUUAAUUUCGGUAACAAUGGCCGGUACCAUAAUUGAAAACCUAAGUGGUAGGAAACUCACAGUACUUGUAGCAUUACUUUUAUUGUGUCAAGUGAUAUGUUUUUUAAUCGGUGGUUUGGUCGCACCCAUGCCAGCAAAUACACAAACCAUUUUAGGUACAGUGUGUAAAGAUACUUCUGUUAUGAAAAAUGAUACAUCGAAAUGGUUUUACAAUCGAGGUAAAGGUAGUUGCCAGACGGUUGACCUUGGCGAAACUCAUCACGAUCUCUCGGAAAGAGAUAUCGUUUUUGCAUUUCAAAUGCCCGUGCCUCGCGAGGGUGAGAGGUUUGACUACUCUAGAUGGCAACAGAACCUAAUCGGAGUACUUCAAUUAGACGUGCGUUACCACUCGCAAAUGGAAGUAAAACCGCGCAGCACGGUUACAAUAGACGCUCGACUAGCUUAUCGCAACAAAGGAGACCCGGACGAUGGCUGGAAGUUGUAUACGCAAUCGAUUGAAAAACGAAACUUAGACUGCGACAUUGACGUAAAAUCAGAAGAAUACUUGUACAAUUGUUCCACAAUACCACUAUUUGAGCUUGGAUCUUUAUAUCAUGACUACUACUUAUUAAAUAUAAGACUGCCAGUGAAUACACCUGACAUGAAUGUUCACAUCGGUCACUUGCAGGAUAUAUGGGUGACUGUUAUUAAUCAAAAUGGUGGUUUCACAAAAGUCUGGCUGUCAUUGAAAACAGCCUUCUUCCCCUGCAUUAUCGCGAUACUGGUUUGGUUUUGGAAUAGAAUUCACAUGUUGGAACGUAAACCUGUUUUACUAGAAAAGAUGUUGUUGAGUUUAGGUAUAUCUCUUUGUUUACUGAAUGCACCCAUUGAAUAUUUAACACUCCAGUAUGAUUUACCGUUUAUGUUGCUUCUAGGAGACAUAAGACAGGGUCUGUUCUAUGCAACAUUAUUUUCAUUUUGGCUCAUUUUUGCUGGCGAGCACAUGUUAAUUCAGGAUACAUCUUCACAGAGUUCAGUGAAGCAGUACUGGCGUCAUUUGAGCGCUGUAGCUAUGGGUUGUGUGUCAUUAUUCAUAUUCGACAUGUGUGAAAGAGGAAUUCAACUCCGUAAUCCAUUUUACUCUAUAUGGGUGACGGACUUGGGCACUAAUUUGGCUUUAACAUUUAUAAUAUUAGCUGGCAUAUCUACUGGAGUGUAUUUUCUGUUCCUCUGCUAUAUGGUGUGGAAGGUAUUCAAAAAUAUCUCUUGUAAGCGAGAGGCAUUACCUACUAUGUGUUCAGUUCGACGACUACACUAUGAAGGCAUUAUAUAUCGUUUCAAGUUUCUGAUGUUGGCUACUCUGCUAUGUGCUGCUUUAACUGUUAUCGGCUUUAUCCUGGGUCAAGUUGCCGAGGGACAGUGGAAAUGGGAUGAGACCAUUGAAUUGGAAUAUACUUCGGCAUUCUUUACUGGUGUCUAUGGAAUGUGGAAUAUUUAUAUUUUUUCUCUGCUCGUGCUGUACGCCCCAAGUCACAAGCGCUGGCCCGUCAACGAAAACACAUCUGAUACACAGAACUUGAGCGAGGAAAUUGAGUUCAGUCCCAUUCCUGAGAGAAGUGAGAUAUCAUCGCUGACAUCGUUUAUCAGGAAGGCAACUAUUGAUUAGAACUUAAAUUUUGUAUUUUCAAAUCUCAUCUUUAUGCCUGAACAAGUUUGUCUAAGCCAUAUUAUAGUUCUAAGUUAAAACAGUAUUACUCAUUGUUGCAAUCAAAUAUUUGCCAUGGGAAGUGAAUUCCAUAUAAGGCAAAACUUAUCUUAUGCUUGUAGUGUGGGUAUAACCUUAUGUAGUGCAAACUAAACGUAGUUUUAGACUUAGCUUCGUAUUGGUUGUAUUAAAAUGUGAGUCACCAUUAGACUAGAUCUCAGGUAGUAUGAGUCAUGACAUACCUUACCUGGCCGACAUAUUUUAAGAACUUCUAUAUUAUUGUGAUUGCUUACUAAUUUUAAUUUCUUAAAUUCGUAACUCUUGCCAUUUAAAAUUACUUAACUCUCUGUGAUAAUGUUUUUGAUAUAUAUUUUUUUGUACUUGAUUAUUAUUAUUCUAAUUUAGUCUUUAUUAAUGUGUUGCCAGCAUACAUUUGGAAAUUAUUUUGAUGUAAUUGUAACUUAUAUUUGUACGAUUUAGAAAUAAAUAUUUUAGAGGAAAACAAA